AUGACGAAACGACCAGCUGACGCUGUCGGCGAUGAUGCGUCCGCCGACGGCUCCACCACCUCCAAGCGCCUAAGAAUGGAGGACGACGAACAAGAGAAGGAACGCGGUAGUACACCGUUACGAGAGCGCCGGUGGGAAGAUGACGAGCACAAUGGAGCCGAUAUUCUCGCAGCUGCCGAUCAGGAAGCGGAAGAAGUGGAGGAAGCUGCUGGUCAUAUUUCCGAUUGGGAUGCUGAAGAGCCAGCCUCUCAAACCGCCGUUCGCCAGAGCGAGCCGCUUCAAGGCUACAGCGACCUCUAUCUCGAUACGAUACAACGAUCGAAUUUGGAUUUUGACUUCGAGAAACUGUGCUCAGUAACCUUGUCGAAUAUCAAUGUUUACGCUUGUCUCGUUUGCGGAAAAUACUUCCAGGGCCGUGGCCCAAAAUCUCACGCAUACUUUCAUUCCUUGGAGAUCGGACACCACGUUUUCGUGAAUAUGGAAACGAAGAGAGUCUAUGUUCUUCCGGAAGGGUAUGAAGUCAAGAAUAAGAGCUUGGAUGAUAUCAAAUACGUAGUUGAUCCGACAUAUACCAAGGAAGAAGUCGCUAGAUUGGAUACAGUGGUUAUCGAGGCAUGGGAUUUGGCUGGGAGGAAGUACAGGCCAGGGUAUGUUGGGAUGAACAACAUUAAAUCAAACGAUUACUUGAAUGUCAUUGUCCAACUACUUGCCCAUGUCCGUCCGAUUCGGAACUUUUUUCUCCUGCAUCAUUUCCAAAUCCCCGGAACGCCUCAGCUUCCGCUCCGUUUCGGAACCCUAGUGCGCAAACUAUGGAACCCAAAAGCAUUUAAAUGCCAUGUAUCUCCUCAUGAACUACUUCAAGAGAUAGCAUUGCGGUCCUCAAAACGCUUCACGCUCACACAUCAAUCCGACCCCGUUGAGUUUCUUUCAUGGUUUCUCAAUAAUCUACACCUCAGUCUUGGUGGAUCAAAAAAGCCUUCACCUACCCCCACCAGCGUGAUACAUUCUGCCUUCCAAGGCCAUCUUCGGAUCGAAAGCCAGGCCAUCACUGCAAGGUCAGACAGUGCUAACGCUCGCCUUGUCUUCUCCGAAUCGAGCACAACAACCUCCCAGAAAAUGCCUUUUUUGAUCCUAACUCUAGACCUUCCACCGACCCCUCUCUUCCAGUCCGCUGAUAAAGAAUCUAUUAUCCCCCAAGUUCCUCUCAUAAACCUUCUCAACAAAUACAAUGGGGUCACUGCGAUCGAAAAGCUAUCCCACCGUGUCCGCCAUCGCCUUCUUCACCCGCUCCCACCAUACUUACUCUUUCACAUUAAGCGAUUCAGUAAGAACAAGUUCGUCGCCGAGCGGAAUCCUACUAUUGUUACUUUCCCUUCCCCGAGAGGUCUGGAUAUGUCACCCUACGUCGAACCAAACCCGUCCGUCUGGCCUCCUGGAGAACCAAUCAUCUACGACCUCGUCGCAAACGUUAUCCUAGACGCAACAGUUACUGCUCCAGGGGAUCCUGAAACCCGAGCCCCAGAAAAUAAUCGCGGCGGACUCGCUGAAGCGGCGGCUGCCGGUGCUGGCGGUGCAACCUUGGGAGUUUCCACAACUCCUGGGGCUUCGGCAGGUAGCCACAGAGUCAACUGGCUGAUCCAGCUGCAUGAUAAAGCUAUGGGUGUGGAGAAUGCUAAGGCGCAAACCCAGAGGGGUCCAGAGUGGCUGGAAACGCAGGAUUUGUGGGUACAACGUGCAGAGAGCGAAACGUUGUUUACGAGAGAAGGGUAUUUGAUGGUAUGGGAGAGAAGGAAAGUUAAAGGAAAGGGGAAAGAAAAAAGUUGA